UGUAAAGUGUAAACAUCAUCAUUAAUAAUAAAAUAUUAUAUUAUUAUGUUUGUGGUGUUAUUAAAUUUAGUUUAUCAUGUAAUGUCCUGAAUGUAAAUUUUACUAUUACUAGUAAUUCUUGUCAUUAUUAGUGAAAUUGAAGGAUUAUUUUUUGAAGCAGAUAAGGAUCGAAGACGCUCACGUCAUUAUGGAUGGCCAAUUGAYAGAUUUAUUGUUCCCAGACGGAAUACCAGAUGAUAUAAAAACUGAUCCAAACAUUAAAAAUUAUUUAGAUCAUCUUGGAAAAUGCACAGCAGAAGAAUUAAGUAAGGAACAUAAGUCAUUAGAAGAUAAAAAUGCCAUCAUUGUUAAAAUGGUUAAAGAUUUAGCAUUAAAUAACUACAAAACAUUUGUUAAAACUUCACAUUGUUAUGAGUCUGUGUAUAAUAAAUUUGAUGAUACACAACAGAAAACUAUCACAUUAGAUAAUUAUUUAUUAAAACUUAAAACCGAAUGUCAAGAAAUGUUAACACAGUGGGCAGAUGUUAAAGAAAAACGACAUCGUAAUACUUUAGCUAUGGCUUGGAACUCCCGUAUCAUGCAUCAUGCUCUUGAACUUCCACAGCUAAUGCUAUCCUGUAUACAAAAUAAAUUGUAUGAAGAUGCUCUAAAACUGGCAAAUCAUGCUAAACAUUUACCCAAUAAUAUACCAGCUGUCAAGUUGUUACAUGACGAAGUGGAAAAGCAUCGUAUGACCUUGAUGUCAGCACUUUGCCAAGAAUUGAGAACAGAUUUAGAAUUACCUUUGUGUAUGCGUAUUGUACGACUAUUAAGAACAUUAAAUCUAAUAAAUGAAGAACAGUUGGCUGUUAAGUUUUUACAGACUAGAAAUGCAUGGUUUAACGCUAAAUUGAAAAAUAUUCCUGAUGAGAGUAAUAGCCAACACCUAUUGGAAACUAUUGAGGUAUCACGAUCUUGUCUUUCAAGUAUAGCUACACAAUAUAACUUGAUUUUUUGUUCUGAGUAUAACUCCUCUAAUACUGAAUCAUCAAAACUACAAUUCUAUUAUUCUUGGACUAAUCAAAAGGUAUGUCAAUUUAUCGAUAUACUUAAAAAAGACCUUCCAAACUGUCAACCAUCAUCAUUAGAAACAAUUUUCACACAAUGUAUGUACUUUGGACAAUCAUUGGGACAUAUUGGGGCUGAUUUCAGAGGUCUGAUAGCACCUGUAUUUAUCAAUGUUACUGUGAAAAGAUUUUCAGAAUUAUUGAAAAUUACAGAAAUUAAUUGGCUAUCAGAUUUACAAACAUUUUUAAAAACGAAUAUUAAAAAUGUUAGAAUGAAUCAAACUCAUGAUGAAGUAGAUGAUAUACCAUCACCUGUAUUUGAAUAUUAUCCUUUGGCAAAAUUUUGUAAUGGUGUAAUGAGUGCUCUGAAUGACCUAGGAGAGUAUGCUCCAUAUGCAGCUGCUGAUGAAAUCACUAAAUGUUUGCAUACCACAUUGCAUAAUGCGUCCUGUGGAUUAUUCUCUAUGUACUAUCAAGACGAUUUUAAAAACUAUGAUGAAGGUGACAAAAAAAUAUUUGGACAACUUUGCAUUUGCUUUUCUACUGAUGUUGUGCCAUAUGUACAAAGAUGUUUACACAAAGUGUAUGAACCAGCUAGUAUAGCUGCUUUCAUUGGAGUGACUAUAACAUCACUCCAAAAAGAGGUAAUUUGUAUUAUAUAAUACAACUGUUAAUGUAAUAAUUCAGCUAAAUAUCUUAAGUUUAGUUGUGUAGGUAGUUUAAAUAUCUCAAUUAUUAAAAAUUCAAGAUAAAAAUGUGACUGUCAUAACCACAAAACCAAAAAAGCAAAUGUUCAAAACAGCCUAGGUAUAUUAAUUUAACACAUUGAUCGCUGGUGGUCAUCUGUAAUUCUCAAAUUUUAUAUAUAUAUAUAUGUGUGUGUGUGUGUGUGUGUGUGUCAUGUGACAACCUGCACCCAUAGUUAAUCAUUACUAUCACGCCACAUGACAACCUGCGAAUGUAAAAUUAUUUUAUAAUUAAUACGGUAUGGUUUUAUAUUAUUAACUUUUCCAUGACACUACAAUAAUGCACUACAAAAAUGUGAUGGCUUUAUGAAAGUCAUUAAAAAAAUUUUACUGUUGUCAUGAAAAUAUUUUUUGAAAUUUUUUUUUUCAAAUAUAAUGGUAAAUAUGAAUUCAGAUUUGAAUAUGCUUGACUUGUUAAUAAGUAAUAAUUCAUAUUGAGUACCGCCGGUGGUCACAUGGCAGACAACGUGUUAAAAUAAU